UUGAAUGCUUAGCUGGCUAACAGUUAGCUUCAAGUCUCUGGAGUUGUUACAAUAACGAGCAGAGUCCAAGAUGAAGAGACGACAGGGCGGGCACAAGAAGGGUUUGAGAUCCAGCUGCUAACUGGUACCUUCAUCAUACAGGCAGCUGUUGAGACAGGAUGCCAGAGAUGACUGAAACCCAGACACCUGGUCGAAAACCCAAAAAGAAGAAAAACAAAGAGUCUCACAAUGCAGUUGAGAGACACAGGAAAGAGAAAAUCAACGCUGGUAUUAAUCGCAUCGGGAAUCUUCUGCCAUGCUCUCAGGCACUUAAACAGAGUAAAAACAUGAUACUGGACCAGGCUUUUCGAUACAUCACUGAACUGAAGAAACAAAAUGACACAAUGCUUCUGGAAGGAGGAGAUAAAGUGCAAGCUGAGGAGAUCCGUCGGCUGCGACGUCAGUUGGAUGAACUGAGGAGGGAGAGUGCACACUACAUUGAGCUCCUCAAAGCCCACGACAUUAACCUCCUGGAGGACCCGACCGUCCACUGGAAAGGCAAGCAGCGUUGUACCAAAGUGGCAAAAGUAACACCUACUCACCAGUUACCAAAGGGGAUCAUCGUAUAUUCCAAUGGUAACGUCAUGUGUCCAGCAACAAAAGAGACCAGUCCAGGAAAACAGCCCUCGGAAACCUUAAUUCUUCAGCCAUCGUCUGAGCCCAGAUUGAGAGUUAAUGGAGCUCUAGUGCAAGUUAAUACCUCCUCCUCCACCCCUGCACUUCUGCCUGGGUCAGCUGCUGCACCCACCCAGUCUACACCAGGCCUGAGAGUGAUUGAACAGUGUGUGGUUGAGACACCGACUGCAGCUCCCUCUCUACCACCCUCUGUGUCUUACAUCACUCUCCAGAUUCCUGCAGCCAACCAAGCCUUGCCACAACAAAGUCAGCCUGCUGCACCUUCCCAGACCCUCACCAUAGCUGCUACGUCAGCGUCGCAGCUUCCCACUGAAAACCCUGCUCUGCCUGUAUCCACCCACCCCACGUUUACCCAAACGGUUGCCAGUGCGGUGACCUCAGAGGUUUGCUCCUGGGUCACACAAGGCACGGCCAUUAAGACUGUAAGUUACACUGCAAUCCCAAACAGUCAAGCUCUUCUACGAGCAGGGGCAGCAGGCAGCACACAGACCACCUGGACAACGCUGCAGAUGGCAGGAAAUACGGUGCAGCCAGUCUGCCAGAGUGUCUCCACUCCAGAGGUCAGCAGCACCACCCAGGCGGUCCAGCAGGUAACUGUUUGUCCAGUGGGCACCAAGUCCUCAGUCCAUCCAGUUCAAAUACAGAUGCAGCCACAUGUGCCUGUACAGCAGGCCUCCAUCACAGGUCACAUUCAAACGCAGACUUUUCAGAGACCACCCCAGCUACGGCCGGCGGUCUUGAACCAAGCACAGCCUCAGCCGGUACUAGCCCCCCAGCCUCAGUGUGCUGUUCUUCCUCAGUCAGCAAUCGUGCCACAGCCAGCUGUGGUGGCCCACCCGACCGUUGUGUCACAGCCCCAGCCUGCUGUACUCCAAUCAGCAUCAUUGAUUCAACAUCCUCCAGCUGCCCUCCUCCCUCAGCCUCAGCCGAUUCCCCAGCAGGCCCUGGUGCCUCAGCCGCAGGCCACUGUAUUACCCCUGCUGCAGACCAUGCAGGUGCUGCAGGUCAACCCAGCUGGAGCAACAGCGUCGGGUGUAACAACACCACAAAACACAAACAAUCCAAGUGUUGUUAUCCUGCAGCAGGCAAGUGCCUGUUCCACCCAGCCAGUUGUGAGGGAAGAGAUAACCAAUCAGACUCCUUGCCAGCAUAUUGUAAUCAUCCAAGCUCCCAAUCAGGCUUCGUCUGCCCCACAAAAUCCUCAAGUUGGCAUGAUCCCUGCUCCCAUGCCCACUGCAGUACCUGCUGUGUCCACUCAAGUACCCACAACCAGCAAUGCAGUGUCUGCCACUUCAUUACAGAGUGUUGGGGGAAAACAGCUGGUUCACAUUCUCCCUCGUCCCAUUCAGCCUCAAGUGAACCAUCCGCUGCAGGUAACCCAGACAUCCUCUGCACCGCCAGUUCCUACAACCCCUCAGACGAUCACUGUAAACGGGCAGGUGUUUGCCCUGCAGCCUGUGAAGACUUCUGACAAAGUCAGCUCCCAGAGUGGUCAGAGUACCCUCCAGUUGGUCCAACCCACCACCACUGAAGAGCCAACUACUAAUGUCGCUCUCAACAGUUUAGGCGCCCUCAGCAGCCUUAACCAGAGCAUCUCUCAGGGUCUCCCUCUCACCAUUUCUAGCCAAAGCAGUGGUCAGACCCCAUCUGCUCCAUUGUCAGUGGUGCAGCAGAAACAGCCUCAGACACCAACACCUGUCUCUGGAGCCACGCUUGCUCUGCCUGCCCGCCAGCUUAAUGUCCCCUGUGCAAACCAAGCCACAUCUGGGGCGGUCAUUAAUGCCGCAAAGCCUUCAGGAAAGAAACUUCGCACAACUUUGAAUACAAAGAGACCAGCAGCCAAAAGGACUAAGCCUGUCAAGAAAAAGGAGCUUGCUCAGGCUAAACCUGUCGCUGCUGCUUCUGUUAAGCCCGUGGUACCUGCAGAAAGUCAGACAGUUCAGGUUACAGCAUCUCAGGCUGCACAGUCCUCCGCUGUUAAUGUCACUGAUAUUCAACCCACCUGUACUACAGCUGUCACAAAUCCAGAAAGCAAAGAAACUACAGACAGUGUUAAUACAGCACAGAGUGUACAGAAGAUUAUUAUCUGUAGUGCAUCUAGUGAAUCGGCCAGUCACCAGUCUCGUUCACAGGACAAAAACUCAUCUCAGAAUAACCCAAUAUCGAUUGAUAAUAACCGUGGCAGUAUUGCAACUGCAGUUACAACUGUCAGUGCCACACCAGUCAAGCCAUCAGUCAGUGUAGCUUCAUGCACCCCAGGAAAAGCAGUGAUAGGCUCUGAUAACUCAGCUGCAGCCUUACCCACAGUUCCAGAGGUUAAACAGCAAAUCAUCAGUACAUCAACUAUCCCAGCUACUUCAAUGCAAACUAAGUCUGCUUCCAGCAUUUAUGUUUGUAGACAGAACAAAUCUGUUGCCACCGAGAUCCGGUAUAGUUCUGUCACGGUUUCUGCUGCAUGUAUGACUCCAGUUUGUUCCAGCAGCAGCGCAGUGACGGUAUCAGUACCUCUGAAUCGGGCCACCCAGCCAACAUCACAAUGUCUUCCCCAAGGGUCUAGCACUCAAGCCCCUCCACCUUGUAACAAAGUUGAAUCUCAGCCGGCUGCAUUGUCAACUACAUCCUCAGCUGUAGUACAGUCAUCACCUCUACCAGUGUUUUCCAACUCCCACAGCUCUGUUACAGCCCCCACAGUAAGUUCAGAGUUCAGGAAAAGAGCAACCACUCCCAGAGCUCCAACACAGCAGGCUGAUUUGAACAUGCCCAACCCCUCCUCGUGCCAUCCCACUGACGUCAAAUCAGGUCAUGCCUCGAGAACAGAGAGGGCAGCUCACGAGGAGAGGCAUUCGACUGCAGCUGAGAAAAAUAGCAUAUUGGAGACUCCCUCAAGAAAGGACUUUGCCCUGGGUCAACAGGUGUACACCAACCUCGAUGAUCAGACCAUGGAGCACCCAAUGACUUCGAACAGACAAACGGAUUCUCCCAUGUCUUCAGGCCCCGGGGGUGGAAGAGGGUUCUCUGUGGCAUCCAUGCUUCCCCAGGGCCACAAUAUUGGUGCCUCAUCUGGCUCUUUUGGAACAUUUACGUUCACUUCUGAACAGGCAGAAAUGCUAGCCUUGGCCAUGUUGGAACAGGACAGCCCUGGGAGAAGAGGUGGCGUCUGCUCAGGGGAGGGUUCUGCUUCAUCUAACCCGAGUUCAGCCGCAUGGGAGCCCCCAAAGACCCAACCUGUGUCUGCUAGCAAGGAACGAGUCUCAGCCGGGCAACAGUCUAAAGUUGCUAAGCUAAUGGACCCAUCAGCAGUUAAACCUGGUGUUGAAGUGUCUGUCAGAGGACAGGUCAGCGAGGGAUCCGUCAGCCGGUCCAAUGGAAGCAGACAUCCACAAAACAUUUCAUAUUCGCAGUCCCAGCCGCCCCCUCAGGCCCAAUCACAGAGCACUUCGCAGAGUGGAACGGUGGCCAGUCUAAGUGUUAACAAUCUGAUCAGGCCUAGCUCCAGUCACCAACCUUUUCCAGGCUCUCCCAGUCUCACUGGCCAGCAGGGUUCGGUCCCGUCUCCUGUGGGGACCGCAGCUCACAUAUCCCAACCUUCAAACAACGCUCUCUCACCCUGUCCAGGUGUAGCCCAACAAAAUGACUACGCCCCAUUAAAGACUCCACUGAUGAGGACGCAGGCUGGAGUUGGCGUAGGUGAGCGGCAAGUGAAGAUCAUUUCAAAGCGGCAGGCACAGGAAGAAGUGAUGUUGAACUCCGGAAAGCGUCCCAAGCCUUGUCCUCCGCCUGUAAAUCCCGUCAGCCACAUGGAUAUUAAAACGCCAGACCACAGCCAGAUGAUGGUGGGACAGCUGCCGUCCACUUCCUCGGCAGUCAUGACGAGGAUUAAUUCAGACAGCGGAGGCCCUCUCUUCUCCACGAACUCUUUCAUGAGCCCAGUUGUUCGGCCCUCUGAAGGCCACUGUCCUCCUCAAGGACCCUCUGAGCAGAACCAGCCCGGGGUGCUCCAUUUGCCCCAAGGCCACCCGCAGCAUACUGUCUCCCAGUCUGGUCAGCACCUGGGAGGAAACAUUUACAUGAAGCAGCAGCAGGAGCAACAGAGACACCAUCUCUACCACCUGCAGCACCACUUGACACAGUCGGACCCUGCACAGCGCCACUCGCUACACCAGAGGGCGCUACAGCAACAGCAACAAGAGCAGCAGCAGCAUGUCCAGAAAAAGCGGGGACUCGUCAGAGGCAGUCAGACCGGCUCGCCGGCCGGCCUACAGCAGAAGCAGCAUCACUUAGAAAAGUCUGGAGUUCAGCAGCAGCACUCGCAUCAACAGCAGGCCCAACAUCAGCAGCACACGCAGCAGCAGUCCCAGCAGCAUCCGCAACAACCGCAUCAACAGCCACAGCAUCAACAGGCCACACACCAACAGUCUCACCCACAGCAGCACCAACAACAGGGGCACCAACAGCCUCCGCAGACACAGCAUCAACAACAUCAACAACAACAACAACAGCUGCAGCAACAGCAAAACUCCCACUCCAGACACCAGCAGCAUCUGCAGCAGCAGAUCCAGCAGCAGCACUUUAGACACCAGGAGAAGAGCUGUGAAGCCCAGACUGCAGGAUCCAGAGGCCACCACAGCAGCCACCUGGCCCCGCAGGACCACCUCAAGUCUGGUCAGGAUCACAAUGCUAUGCAGAGGAUGAUGAGCUCCAGGACUCUGGAGCAGCAGCUCAUCUCUCCUCCCAGCAAUCCCGUGUCGCGGUCCUCCGACCUGGCCUGCGCUCCUUCUCGUCAAGAACGCCACCGCGUGUCCAGCUACUCCGCGGAGGCGCUCAUCGGGAAAAGCUCCACCAGCGGUGAGCAGCAGCAGCGGAUGGGCCUCCAUCUUCCACCCGGUCGCAGCGCCUCUCAGGAGCAGCCGGACCUCCGAGGCUACCUGGACACGUCGCGGGGGAAAGCCAACAUUGCACACAACCCGCAGAACAGGCUGCCCUCAGACCAUCCGGGCUCCACCGACGUCCAGCGGGUCUCCGAGUGCCCCCCGUUCAAGGGGAUGGGUGGAGGAGGCGGAGCGCAUCAGCUGGGCGGUUUUGAGGCUCAGGUUUCUCGCGGGAGCGACAUGGCCCCCAAGUCAGUGGCUCCGUCCCAGAGGGGCCCUCAGGGGCAGCAGCAGGGCGGGUUCAGGAUGGGCGUCGGCCCGCCCGCGGACGGCCGGAAUCGCGGAAGCUACAGCGGAGCGCACCCGGGCUCGCAGGGCGUUCAGGUCGGGCCGGCGCUCAGUCGGGAGCAGGAGGGUUGCCACCAGAGCUUCAUGCAAAGCCUCCUUUCCCCUCAUAUUCCUGAGCAGAGCAACCACCAGCGGGCGGUCCAGUGCUGUCCCCCCGUCAGCAUGGAGUACAGCUGUGUGCCCGGGAGCUCCUCAGGGGACAUCCAGGCCAAGGCCUCCAGUCCCAGCGUGCUGCAGACCCAGAAAGCCCCCGCCAUGCGGCUCGGGGAGGGCAACAAGGGCCACAUCACUCAGGUCAGCAGUAACAUGCACACAGGCCCAGGUGUGCGAGCGGGUCUCCCCCACCCCCCCACCCCGCACAGCAGCUCCGAGCCGGGCCGGUCCUCGGCCCCCUCCAGACCGCCCGCCGCCGUCAGCCAGCACUCGCGACACAUCGCCCGGGAUUCUCAGCCGGCCAAGCUGAGGCCCGGCGACCGGCCGCGAUCGGGCGCCCUGAGGCCGAGCAACCCCUUCGAGCCCGAGGGCCACCUGCCCCUGGCCUCCGGCGGAGGCGUGCUGCUGGGCAGGCCGCAGUCCGGCGGGGAGGCGCGGCGCAGCACCAUCGUGCGCUUCAUGGCAGAGAGCGCUCAGGUUCCAAGCGACAACAACCUCGUUCCCGACCAACACCUGGCGCAGAACUUUGGAUUCCCCUUCAUUCCCGAGGGAGGGAUGAAUCCUCCGCCUCCCAUCAACGCGAACUCGACUUUCAUCCCGCCGGUGAGCCAGCCCAACACUUCCCGGACGCCGUCCCUUCUCCCGGUGGAGCCUCAGAACACUCUGCCCUCCUUCUACCCCUCCUACUCCCCGGCCGCUCACCCCAGCCUCCCCAGCGACGUCACCCUGCAAUACUUCCCCAACCAAAUGUUUACCAGCCCGAGCGCCGACAAGGGCAGCGCCCCCCCGCUCAACAACCGCUUCGGCUCCAUCCUCUCCCCGCCGCGCCCCGUGGGCUUCGGGCAGGCCAGCUUCCCCCUGCUGCCGGACAUGCCCCCUAUGCCGAUAGCCAACUCCUCUGGAAUCACCCCUCACAUAUCCAACUUCAGCCUCACCUCCCUGUUCCCCGAAAUCGCCACCGGCAUGCCCCCCGACGGCUCGGCCAUGCCCAUGUCUCCCCUGCUGUCUCUGUCCAACACGUCGUCCGCCGACUCCGGCAAGCAGCCGAAUCGCCCGGCCCACAACAUCAGCCACAUCCUGGGCCACGACGGCAGCUCGGCCGUGUGAGGACGCGUCCUGCCGAGUGGCGGCGACAGCUGCUGGUCUGCGGUCGAGAGUUUUCUUCUUCUGUGAUUUCUUUUGUCGUUUUUGUUCAGAAAUUGCAGUUGAGGCUCCCAAUGAUCGGUGACGUUUGUUUACAUGAACACAAUUUCAAUCUGAAAAAUGUUUUUUUUGACAUGUUAUCAUUUGUAAUCUUGAUUUUUUUUUUUCCAAGUUUAUUGAAACGUGGUCCUCAAGCUCUUUGUUAAAAUGUUGGUCAGACCAACUGUUUGAUGGUUAA